UUCAUCCGGGGCUUUGCUGAAGCGACAUUUUAGAUUUGCGACAGCUGAAAAAUUGACCGUUUUCUUUUCAAUAUUUUCGUCGUUAUGCUUCAUAGUGAAUACUAAUACAAAUCAUAUCCAUAUCAUCAAUCUUUUUACUUUCGAGAGAUAUUAUUUUCGUUGAAGUUUUGCUAUUGUGAGAGUAGCUUGGAGCGGAGAAAGAGGGGCGACUAGAGAACAACGUGGAGUGAUUUCUCAUUGAGCGUCACCAAGCAGACAUGUCUGAGAAUGAGGGAGACACGGCAGCAUGUCGGGACACACCAAGCAGAGACACUCCAAAUAGGGAUAGCAUGGAGCAAGACCUAGGCUUGGACAAUGGAAAGUCGACCCCCUCAAAUCUCCCCGAGUAUUCUUAUGAUAGGGCAACAUUGAACGAACUUUCUCUGACGCCAGCUGCCAAAAGAAGACCUGCAUGUCUGGGCAAGGAUUAUGACACGCCUGAAGGUGUGUGGGACCCUGAGAAGUGGUUUAGAUCAUUUGAUAAUUCUCGCAACAAUUCUCCCGCCUUUAAUGGUUCCAAGGAUCGCAAACGUGUCAUAGAAUUACAGAGAGAUUUUUUCUCUCGACGCAGGCCUUCAGAUCCUAAGGAGUACAUAAAAGAUCAGGAGCAAGAUGGAAUAGUGUUGAGUCCCCAGAGACGUAGCUUUGGCACUGGUUGCCAGGUAACAAAGCAGAUUCCUUCUCUACGGAGACCAACAAGUCCCGGAGACUCUAGGGAUUUGGAUAGAAAUCAAGGAAAUGCUCGAAGGAUUGGAAGUGGUCGAAUUCAGGUGGAUCGUGAACGUGAUCGAGACUUCAGAGGCAGUCGCUAUGACAACAGAGAUGAAAGAAGAGAGGACUCCCGUGAUCACCGAUUUGAGCGCUACCAUAGAAACAGUGAAAGCGAACGGGAUGAUUCUCGCUUCCAAAGAAAUCGUGACUAUGAUGAGGGGAGACGCUAUAAUAACAGAGAUCGACGAAGUUAUGGCAGACAGGAGGAAGAGCCGGAAUGGUUCUCCGCGGGACCUAUAAGCCAGAAGGACACCAUUGAGCUACGAGGGUUCAAGGAAACAUCUGACAGUGAGGAGAGAACUUCAAUGGAGGGUGAUUCUGAGGCGCAUGAAGUCAAGAAUGUUUCUGAUCGCAAUGGAAGCAUCGAAACUAACGACUCCAGCUCUCCAGAGAUGUGUCCAAGGAAUGUGGAGAUUCAACCCCAAGAACGUGACCCUACCCCCGAACGUGAGCUGCCUGGAGGUCCUGACCAUGGAGUGCAGUCCACUGAUGGGGGUAAACCACCAGAAACUGGUCUCGAUUUUGAUUUCGAUCAAUUCCUUAUCGGCACAUUUCCGCAGUUGGCUGUAAGUGGCCCGCCAUUGCCUACUUAUUACACGGAGAACCAAAGCCCUGUGCCACAGGAUCCACAAAACUCUGGCAGUAGGUUCAGUCGUUGGUUUCAAGGAACUGGGAGUAAAAGUAACAGCCGUGGGAACAGUAGAAGUAACAGCCAGAACAACAGCAGACGUUCAUCGUUCAAUGAAGGAGACUUUAACUAUCUCAAUGAUCUAAUUGGACAAAGGAGUCCAGUGAUCCCAUCUCCCACACCUGAUCAUCGUCACACUGGGUUCUCUCCCAUCAUGCUCCCUGAGGAACAACAGCAGCGUAACUUCUUGGAAAUGCUUAACAACUCUAAAGUCAACAUACAACCAUUGCUCAAUCUAUCACAUCAAGCCCAGAAUGGCCCUCAACAGGCACUGAGUGCAGCUAAUAUGGAGGCUCAUCUAAAAGCACUUCUGAUGUCUGGCUUACACAGUAGAGGGCAGCAGCAACAGCACGCACCACCUAUAGGUGUUCCUAUGAAAGCAAGGACUCUUGAUGAAAUAGAGGGGUCAUCUCCAGCGCCACCUUUAGGCAAAUUCAAGACAGUAGCUGAGUUAGAGGCUGACAUGAGUGGUCACAAGCGACCAUCAGAGCCACCUAUACAGCAGCCCCAGCAAGACAUGUCAGCUUUCAACAAACUCCUGGUGCUGAUGCAAGCAAGUGGCACCCUCAGUGACACCUCUCCUAAGAUGCCAGUGCAUCAAGGUGCCCAUGCAGCAUCCCCUGUUGAGAUGCAGCAUGUUCAGCCCCAGCAGAACCAUGCCAAACCUCCACACAGUCAAACUGAAAUCAUACAGGAGCUGUUUCGCCGUCAAGAACAACAAAGAAUACAACAAGAUCUGAUUCAGAAAUUACAACAUCAAAAACAACAACAGCAACAACAACAGCAGCACCAAUUGCUGAAUAUAAUCAAGCCAACACCAAGGAUUGUCACAAAGCCUGCGUCUCCAAUUCCUCCCCAGAUGCUGCAGCAACAGCAGCAGACAAUUACACCAAGGGUUAACUCCCC